CCUCCCCACCAGAGUCGGACCGCGUAAACAAAGGCUCCACCGCGGCGUUACGAAAAAACCCGUGUCCACCAGAAAAUCCCGAGGGAACAAAAUAACUUUACAACCGUCGUGGCCCCGGUGCGUUCACGGGACCGGAGCAGUUACGACUUUUCCAAUGCCGCACUGUAACGUAUUAUUCGCGUACGUCGUCGUAGCCGCCGCCGCCGUAGCCGCCACAUAAUCAUCGCGCGCGCGUGUGUGCAUGUGUGUGAGUGUGUGCCGUGUACGUGUGCGUGUGUUCGGCAAUUCGGUUGUUCACUGUGUUCAGUCGUUCAGUGUUGUUUCUUGUUUAUUGCCGACUGGACAUUCGCGUUUCGGCCGUAACCCGUAAGCCGUGUGCCCGCCGAGCCAACUCCUCAGGCGCCGAUGACAUGGGACGCGAUCGCUGCACCACCGUCAACGCCACCGCUGCUGACCAUUGACCGGCGUUUUGUCGUCGCCGAUUUCCCGGGGUUUAACAGUUUUUGAAAUCAGUUUAUUGUAUCAAAAUGUCAAAAGCAUGCAGGAUGUUGAAUCUGGACGAGGAUGGAUCUUCUACUCCAAAUACAGCAAUAAUAAAAUUAGAUCCAAAUAUGACAACUUUUUUAACACCAUCACCAUAUCAUUUGCUUGAUCAUGAAUAUGGUAUGACACCACAAAAUCAAAUCAUUCCAAAUCCUCUUACAUCACCAUUAACAAAGUCACAAGGUGUAAAACGAAGAUUAAAUUUAGAGUCACAUAAUUUUGGAUAUGAUGAUGUUACACCUUUGACAGCUAAGCGAAUGAGAAAAUGGUCUAGUUCAAGUGCUGGUAGUGAACCUAGUCCUGCUCAAAAUGUAGCAGGAAAGAAGUGUUCUGAACGUCCAACACGUUAUGAUACCUCUUUAGGCUUGUUGACUAAAAAAUUUAUUGGUCUGCUUGAAAAUUCUACAGAUGGUGUUGUUGAUUUAAAUAUAGCAUCAGAAAAGUUAGAUGUACAAAAACGAAGAAUUUAUGAUAUAACCAAUGUUUUAGAAGGUAUUGGAAUUUUGGAAAAAAAAUCCAAAAACAAUAUUCAAUGGAAAGGUGGAAAUGCAUAUGGGUCAGACAAGAAUAAUGUUCAACAAGACUUAGAAAAAAUGAAAGCCAAAGAAGAAGAAUUAGAUAAUUUGAUUUUAAAUACUGAACGAGAUAUAAAGCAAUUGACAGAAGAUAAGAGAUUUGGAUAUGUAACUUAUCAAGAUAUUAGGUCUAUUGAAUCAUUCAGACAAAAGACUGUUUUGGUUGUUAAAGCCCCUCCAGAAACUGAAUUACAAGUACCUCAAGAUCACAUUGAUGGAGAUCAAAAGAUGUAUAUGAAAAGUAACACUGGAGAAAUAGAGGUGUUCUUAUGUCCUGAGUAUAAUACCAAUACAACUUCACACCAACCACAAAGUCAGUUAAGGCCGUAUACAUCUCAGAGUGCCAAAAAUUCAUCAACUGGCAAUACGGUUAUAAAAUCGCCUCAAAAAUUAUCAGUUAUUCAACAGUCACCAACUUACUUGUCACAUAAAUACAAAAUGGAAAUCAUUAAAUCAGAAACUGUAGAGAAUGUAGAGAAUACAACGAUAAGAAAAUUCAAGGAAGAGCCGUUGGAUGAUCAGCAGUAUAUACCCAGUACAAGUGGUUCCGCCAAAGAUACAUUUGAAAUAUCUUGCGAACCUUUCUUGAUGCUUGAACCUCCAAACGAAGAUGACUACAACUACUGUCUGGAUUCUGAUGAGGGUCUUGGUGACUUGUUUGGCUUCAGGUUAUAAAUAGGCUAAUACUUAGUAUAUAUAUAUAUAUAAAUGUGUGUAUUUUUUUCAAAUUGUAAGCCUUCAUUUUUCCUCCCUUGUAUAACAAUUCUUUUAUUUACUUACCAUUUGGUAUGUCUAUUUAAUUAAAAUAAUUUUUUAUUUCAUAUUUUUUAAAAACUGAAUUUUAGUUUAUCCCAAAUUAAAUUUCCUAGUAUAACUAUUAUUUAAAAACCAUUAAUUUUAUUACGUAUUAUGUUUUUAUUUUAGUUUCCAUUCUAUUUUUAUUUUUUGGACAUAAUUAUUUGAUAUCAAGGUACAAAAAAAAAAGUAUUUUCAAAUACCAUUUAUUAGAAAUUAAAAAUAUGGUUAUGAAAAUGUGUUCAAAUUAUUAUUUAUUUUGUUUAACCAAUUUUAUUUCUGUUUUAUGUUCUUUUUGUUAAUGUGCAAUUUUUGGUUGUUUAUUUACUAGUUAUUAAAACUGCUAAAUUUACGCUAUUUUUAAAAGAGAAAACUAUAUUUUAUGCUAUUUAGUGCCUUUAAUUUGUUAAAAAUAAAUUUUGAGCUUUCCCUUAAAACAAAACUGUUGUACAAGGAAUGGGUAUGCUCGACAUCCAGAACUGAAACACACCGUGUAUUAUAAAAUCAUCAAUUUCUGUAUAUUAAAAUGUCUAAAAUAUAAAUUGUAUAUUUUAUUACUUUUAGAUUUAGAAUCUACCUAUAGUGAUUAAGUAAAAAUUAGAAUUAUUAUUCCAAAUUAAUAAUUAUGUAAAUUUACCUUUAUGUAAGUACUCAAUUUUUUUUUUAUAUACUCAUAUAUUGAGACAAUGUAUUUUUUUCCUCUUCAUGAUCUAUACCCAAUUCGGCGAUCUCAAUCAAAUAAUUCACUACGUUAUACCUGAUAUCCAUUUUGGAUUAAAAUUUACUUUAACACAACAAGUUAGUUUUUCAUCGUUUAAAAAUGUGUAGUGUGUGUAACAAAACCAAUAUCGCGAUAAUGUUCUUACAUAGUUGUGAAAUUUAGUUACUCAAGAUCAACCAAUUUUAUAUCUUAUAUAUAAGUUGUUUUGAAUGAAUAAAUAUUAUAAAAUACUGUAAA